CGGGGGCGGGCCAGGUCAGCCCAGCCCUCCGCAGCCGGAACGCGGGAACGCGGAGCGACGGGAAGGCCGGACCUUUGAGAGGGGUACCGCGGGCCGGACCGCCAAGGGGCGCGCGCCAGGAAGCAGCGGGUCGACUGCCAGAGGGGCCAUGGCCUUAGCAGCACUGGGAGUUUCCGCUCGCGCUCUGCGCUCGCGGAGUUGGCUUCUGGGAACUUGGCAGACACAGAUUAGAGACACCCACCAGCGAGCUUCAUUUUUGUCCUUCUGGGAGCUCAUUCCCAUGAGAGCAGAACCUCUGCGAAAGAAGAAAAAGGUAGAUCCUAAAAAAGAUCAAGCAGUAAAGGACCGGUUGAAAAAGAGGAUCAGACGACUGGAGAAAGCUAGCCAGGAGCUAAUUCCCAUUGAAGAUUUUAUUACACCUGUGAGGCUCUUGGAUAAAGCAAGACAGCGGCCUCACGUGGAGCUUCCCUUUGAGGAGAGUGAACGGAGAGCUCUGCUCCUGAAGAAGUGGUCUCUGUACAAGCAUCAAGAGCAUGAGAAGGAGAGGGAUGCCAUCAGGUCCAUGGUUGAGUCCCAGCAGGAAGCUCUGCAGGAGCUGCAACUCAUGUCCCCAGAGCUACAUGUGGAGGCCACCAAGCGGGACCCCAAUCUGUUCCCCUUUGAAAGAGAAGGGCCAGAUUACACGCCACCAAUCUCCAACUACCAGCCCCCUGAAGGCAGAUACCAUGAUAUCACCAAGGUGUACACACAGGUGGAGUUUAAGAGGUAGAGCGGCGGCACCUGUCUGCAGAACACACUGCCCUUUAGAACCAGAAUGACCAGGGCUCAAGCCUGCUUGUCACAGAGUCAGGCAUGCUGUGAAUAAAUAAUGUUUAAUCAAG